UCGCACAGGAUCUCCACAAAAUGGCCGUUCCUUCCGAAGCGCUCUGUCCCCUUGCUGAUUGAGUCCUGCAGGAGACGGACGUAGGAACGAUCCAAUGAGACUUAUGCGCUCUGGGGAGGGGGCGGGGCCCGUGGUGAGACGAAUUUGCGCGGGUUCCGACUCGGCGCGUUCAGUCAUGGCGGCUUUCCGCGACAUGGUGGAGGUGAGCAACUGGCUACUGAGCCUGCUGGGGGCCAACCGCGCUGAGGCGCAGCAGCGGCGGUUGCUCGGGAGCUACGAGCAGAUGAUGGAGCGGCUGCUGGAGAUGCAGGACGGCGCCUACCGGCAGCUUCGGGAGACUCUGGCUGUGGAGGAGGAAGUGGCUCAGAGCCUUCUUGAACUGAAGGAAUGUACGCGCCAGGGGGACACCGAGCUGCAGCAGCUGGAGGUGGAGCUCCAGAGGACCAGCAAGGAGGACACCUGUGUGCAGGCCAAGCUACGUCAGCUCAUCACAGAGUUGCAGGAGCUCAGGGAGAUGGAGGAGGAGCUCCAGCGCCAGGAGAGGGAUGUGGAUGAGGACAACACCGUCAACAUCCCCUCUGCAGUGUAUGUGGCUCAUCUCUAUCACCAAAUUAGUAAAAUACAGUGGGAUUAUGAAUGCGAUCCAGGGAUGAUCAAAGGCAUCCACCAUGGCCCCACAGUGGCCCAGCCUAUCCACUUGGACAGUGCACAGCUCUCGCCGAAGUUCAUCAGUGACUACCUCUGGAGCCUGGUGGACACCACAUGGGAGCCAGAGCCUUGACCUCACACCUUGCAUAGAACUGGGGUUGAGGGAGCCAAGGAGGGGAUCACUCUAAAAUUAAAUGUCUAUAUGUGAGUGAGUUCAUUGAUUUAUCUACUUGCUUUGAGAUAGUAUCUCAUGGAGUCCAGGCUGGCCUGCAACUUCUUUUUUAUUUGUAAUUACAUUUUAAAAGAUCAUUCUUUUUACUGUAUGAAUGUUUGUCUGCAUGUGUGUCUGUUAGCUAUAUAUUCCAGUAGAGGUCAGAAGAGGGCUUCAGAUCCCCUGAAACUGGAGUUAUGGGUGGCUGUGAGCUGCCAUGUGGCUGCUGGGAAUCAAACCUGUAUUCUAUGGAAGAGCAGCCAGUGCUCUUAAUUGUUGAGCUGUCUCUUCAUCCCCUUAAUUACAAUUUUAAAAAAUGUGUGCAGUUGGGGCUGGAGAGAUGGCUCAAUGGUUAAGAGCACUGACUGCUCUUCCAGAGGUCCUGGGUUCAAUUCCCAGCAACCACAUGGUGGCUCACAACCAUCUGUAAUAAGAUCCAAUGUCCUCUUCUGGUGUGUCUGAAGACAGCUAUAGUGUACUCAUAUACAUAAAAUAAAUAAAUAAUCUUU